AUGCGGCCCUAUCAGUUGGAUGGUCUCACGUGGUUGUGUCAACUGUGUGUGGCACAUGUGAAUGGAAUCUUGGCUGAUGAAAUGGGGUUGGGAAAAACUCUGCAAACAAUCAGUUUACUCACCACAGUGACGAGCAAGGGUUGGGUGCAUCCUCCUCACAUGGUCGUGGGGCCCAAGACUACCCUACUUAACUGGGCGGGGGAGUUCAAGAGGUUCUGUCCGUCCAUGCGUGUAAUUCUUCUGCAUGGCACUCAUGAUGAGAGGCGGGAGACCAUUGAGGAGUAUCUUAUGGACGUUCCACAGCCGAAGUCUUUCGAUGUUCUCUUGACCACCUUUGACGUUUGCCGUAUAGAAAAGGCGGCUCUGAGGAAAAUCCGUUGGGGGUACUUCGUCAUGGACGAGGCCCACCGGAUCAAGAAUGAGCAGAGCUCUCUGUCCCAAGUCGUGAGAUCGUUCACUACACAACGGAGGUUGCUGCUCACCGGGACACCACUUCAGAAUAACCUCCAAGAGCUCUGGGCACUCCUGAAUUUCCUCAUGCCCAGUGUAUUCACCAAUGCUAAGCAGUUCGACGGAAUGCUAGAGAGGAUCUCCCAGGAGCACGAAAGUCGCGAUGUUAUCACCGUCCUGCAUCGUAUUCUGAGGCCGUUUAUGCUGAGGAGGUUGAAGUCCGACGUGGCGAAGGACCUGCCAGAGAAACGGAGCGUGUAUGUCUUCGUCCCGGCAACAGAAAUGCAACGGACACUGUAUCGCGACCUGCUGAUGAAGAAUACGGUAUUGUCCACCGAGUCACUGAGUGGGCAUAAGAUGCGACUGUUGAAUACAUUGAUGCAGCUACGAAAGUGCUGUAAUCAUCCCUAUCUAUUCGAAGGCAUGGAGCCAGGACCGCCCUAUUUCGAUGGUCCUCAUCUCUGGGAAAAUUCUGGUAAGCUCCGCGUGGUAGACAAGUUGCUCGAGCGGUUAGCGGUCCCGGGACCACAGGGGAAGAACCAGGUGCUUAUCUUCACACAAAUGACUAGGAUGCUAGACAUAAUGGACGACUACCUCCGACUGAAGGGCUACGGUUAUUGCCGCAUCGAUGGUGACACUGCCAUGAGUGACAGGCAAGCGAUGAUCGAUGAUUUCACUAGGCCAGAUAGUGACAAGUUUGUGUUCAUCCUCUCUACCCGUGCUGGUGGCCUCGGCAUCAACCUGAAUACAGCAAACUACGUCAUCAUAUAUGAUUCUGACUUCAACCCUCAGAUGGACUUGCAGGCUAUUGAUAGAGCUCAUAGGAUCGGCCAGAAGCGGCAGGUGACGGUGUAUCGUCUGGUAACACAAGACACUGUUGAGGAGAAGAUAGUCGAACGAGCGGCCAAGAAAAUGCAGAUUGACAAUCUCGUGAUACAGAAAGGGAAGUUCAACCAGGCCCGGGCUAGCAACGCUCCUACGAAGGAUGAAGUAUCUCAGAUCAUCCGCUUUGGAGCACAGGAGGUAGUCAUAGUUGACCCAUCACAAGGACAGCAAGAGGUUGACAUCGACGCUAUACUGAGGACAGCUGAAGAGAGGACGGCCGAUAUUGAUGCGCAAAUGGCAACCCUGUCGGAGACUCUGAAUAUCAAUAGUCUGUCUUUGGACGGCAGCGUUCUUGAUGCUCAUAAACCAGCUGUGAAGGACGAUCAGGAGACUCCAACAGAUGAGGACCUCCCAGAGGAACUCAAAUUGGUAGGUAGUGGUGUAGUUGGGGAGCCAUGGGGUUGUCAGGCGGCCAAGGGCAUAUACGACAUCGGUCCACGUGUGAGGAAAGAGCGCUUUCAGUUGGUGGAAGACCAUCCCGCACCGAGGAAGAAGCGGGCAAGGGUCCCGGAGUGGCGGGCAGAAGUUGGAGGAGGGUACGAUCAUCAGCUGUAUAACUCUAAGAGGCUGGAUGAGCUAGACAAGAUAGAAUAUGCGUGGAACAAGUACAUGGCCGGGGGAUCGGCUCCCAAGUCGGAGGAGUCGGUCACUGCGUCGCCAAGCCCUUCGGAAGGAGAGAGCGAAGUGGACCAACAGACGAAUGAUACACCACCUGCUGAGUUCACUGGUGCGAUGAAGGCUGAGAAGAAACGGUUGUUAGCUGAGGGCAUUCCGCACUGGUCGAAGAAGCAGUUCAACGCCUUCGUUCGGGGCUGCAAGACGUAUGGUAAGGACAAGUUGGCGAAGAUAGCUGAGGAGAUCGAAGACAAGAGCCUGAGCGAGGUACGUAUGUUCCACCAGGCGUUCUUUAGUCGAGCGGAGAAGAUGAUGGGGAAAGCGGGAGGUCGUAUAAUUCAAGACAUCGACAAAUGUACACAACAAGUUCAGGAGCUACAGGAGAGCGUGGAGGCGCUCAAUAAUCGCAUUGAAGAAUUCGAUGGCAACGUUUGGUCGGACCUCAAACUACCAGCGGACCAUGCUGACAACAGAGCGAAUCGGAAAGUGCAUAUAGAUGGAUCCAAUCAGUUCGAGAGGUUCUGGUCGGAGGCUGAGGACCGAGCUUUGAUGUGCGCCUUGUACAAAUGUGGUUAUGGGAAAUGGGAAGAGAUACGAGUACUUUUGCGCUAUUCAGUAGUGCACCAGUUCAACUUCAAUUUGCAGUUGCGGACAUCAGAUCAAAUCAAGAAGCGUUGUGAUCAGCUGAUGUCUAUGAACUGUACGAUCGUGACCAUUGACUCGGACAUUAACUCGUCCAUUUCAGUCAAGGAAGAGAAAGCGGCUCUCGAGGAAGCUCUGCGGGCGGCCGCAUCGGCAAAGAAGAAGCGCAAGCACCAUAAGGACAGUGCUCAGAAAAGCUCGGCCAAGAAGUCUCGAAAACGGGAGCAUGAUGAGAACGGGUCUCCCGCAUCCCAACCGAAGAAGAAGGCGAAGACUCGAGGCAGCAAAUCUAAUGCUACUCCUUCCCGAUCUCGAGGCAGCCAGAAUGAGCUCGCAUCUGUCAAGUCAGCGAAUUCCGGAGCCUCCGGGAAGAAGAGGAAAAGCAGCAGCACUAAACGUAAAACUCCUAAAGCGAAGUGA